AUGAGCAACGAUGUGUAUUUCGAGUCUAUUCAUAUGCAGCUGAACUACGAGGAAUUUGAAACACAAGCACAAGAAAGAGAAAACAUUUCAAAGAUCCUGACCUCGCUUUCAAAGUUUCGAAAAAUGUCCCCGAAAUCAACUCGUUCUUUCAAAGUAAAAAGUGCACCUUUGACCAACAGAAAGGCACGAAAUCGAAUCAAGAGUAUCAACGCACACGUGAGCGCACAGUAUAAGGUUUCAAAUGGACAGCAAAAUGAUGAUAUACUAGAUUUUUUCUUGAAGCGAAAGCACAAUAUCAGCUCUAUUCUUGAAGGAGUUGAAGAUCUUGAGAACAGAAAUAUUGUUUCGAAUGAUACACCACAACCAAGCGAUAAUACUGGAAACUACAGCUCUCAAUUAUUUACCCAAGAAGAAUGGUUUCAAAUUCUCCGCCGCAUCAAGCUUAGGUUUCCCAAACUCUCAGCUCGAACGAGAAAGAGCUUAAAGUAUGUGACUACCAAGCUUGAGCAUUUGAAAAAUAUCAAUUCUGAUGACGAUCUGCCACAGCUCUGGACUCAGGCUGCUAGUUUGCCCGAGGAGGGAUUGGUGAACGAAGACAUGAAAUGGCUCUACGAAUUAGAUGAUGAGCAGAUGGAUAUUGGGUCCAGUUUUUGCAAUGUUGACGAGGAUUCAGACCAAAAAUUAUUUGUCUUGACACUAUCUCAGGCCAUGGGAGAGCGUGAAAAAAGUGAACCUGAUGUGGAGAUAAUCCUGGAUUCUUCGCCCGAACCAACGCAACUUCUAAACGAUGGGAUUAUUGAGGAAGAACACGAAGUAGACGAGGAAGAAGAAGACAAUGAAAACGAAGAGAAAUCAGAAAAACAACUCGCUUCGCUGCCAACUCAGAUUCUGCUGGACGAUACUCAAGAGCAAUUAACUAACAGGGCUGAAAUUUCGUCUUACGAGGCACUGAGCCUUUUUCCUAAUACAUUAGAAACGCAGAAACAACCAGUUAAGAGCACAAUUCAGAAGCAAGCUUCUGUGGUAGUGCCAGACUACCCUAAAAUUCUGAACGUCAAAGACGAAGAAAUUAUACUUUCUUCCUCGCCCACCCGAGACAAUGAGAUUUUCCAAACCCCACGAAAGUACUCGGUGGAGUCAGUUCGGUCCUCUCCAUCACUGAGGUCAGGAAGAUUAGGCCGUUUAAUGGUAUCUCCACUCAAAUUGCUUCUGCCUGAUCGACUAGAUGCUUCGCAAUCGGUAUAUUCCACAGCAAGAAGCAGCCCCACCAAACAGAAAAGAGUUCGAGGCAGAGAGGUGAACGAAAAGAUUGUAAGGAAGAGAUUCAAAACGUCUAGAGUAGAAGUUGCAGGCAACUUUCAUCUCAAAGCUUCCGAUGACUUGAAAAUCGUGUCCACCGUGGACAAGGUCAACGGCUCGGAAGUGGAAGAUUCCGAAGACGACGACCACAGCGUGAGUAUUAUAGAGAUUACCCAUGAGGUGAACGACGAAGAAUUGAAAGCGGUAGACGAAGAAGUGACCGGAGAAGCAGAAGAUGGCCCCUCUAUCAUACAGGUGCCAUCUAGUCCCGGCAACGAAAAUCUUCAAGAAGAUCUUACCUCCAUGCAAACAUCGAUAGCGUCAGUAACCCAAGAGGUUCCAAGCAACUAUACAGCUACUCAGAUGCGCCAAGCACUCAGACUGUUGGAUUUUCCACCAGAACGAAGCAAAGAAGGCAUGGCCCUGCUGCUCACCAGGGCAGCCAGUAUUGCUGGAACAAGUGUACUGCUGCUCUUGACGCCCGAUGCGCCCUACGAAGAAGUCAAGAACCAAAUCUACAGUGCAAUUUCGGAGCUGGUGAAAAAAGAUCAACUUUGGCACGAAAGAGUCUUAUCGUAUGAGCCUAUAGUUCUUGAAGAAUUCAAGCAAUGGCUCGGAGAACUCGAUAAGGAUUUGAAGUUUGACGUUACGUUUCUCCAGCAGUAUUGUGACCAUAUGGGAAUAACGACCACCAUUGGAACCACCACUGGAACCACCGCUGGAACCAAUACCACUACCACUGACUAG